GCCUAUAUUGUUCCAUCCUCCUCCUCUUCCUCAGUCUCUCUUCUUUUCAAACACACCCAUGCAAAUCAUAAGGCACUCAUGAUCUAAUCACAACCUCUAUCAUUCCAUUGUCAGCCUUUUAUAUCUCCUGUAGACACACCCUCUCUCUUUCUCACCGAUUCUUCACUCUCCGGUUUCCAGUUGCUUUGAUUCUCCUAUUUCCUUGUUAGGACUCUCUAUCAUCACUGAUCCCUUGUCACAUUUUCCCUUCAAAAUCCAUAACUCUCAUUCCCAUGUUUUCUAGAUCAGGCCCCCCGAUGACACCCCCACCAACUUUCCCUGAUCUUUCCUUGCAAAUUAAUCCUCCAGGUGUUCCAGAUUCCGGGAAGAAGGUCGCAAUUUAUGAUUGCGAUGAUUUUGCAAGGAAACCAUUCUGUAGUGAAAUGAGCUCAACCACUGACUCCGCAAGCAGUGGGAGCGAUUUGAGCCAUGAGAACAAUUUCUUGUCACAAGAGAGGAGUUUUAGUCAUGGUCAUGGGGAGCCCACGUUGAGCUUAGGAUUUGCAAUGGGCGAUGUCAACCAUUCAACCUUGCAACAACCACCAAGAAACCUCAAUCAUCACCACCAUCCUCACUUAUACAGCCGCGAGUUCAAGCGAAGCACUCGAGUUGGGAGCAGUGUAAAGAGAAGUAUUAGAGCGCCCAGAAUGAGAUGGACCACGACUCUCCAUGCCCAUUUUGUUCAUGCAGUCCAGCUUCUAGGCGGUCAUGAAAGAGCAACCCCAAAAUCUGUACUGGAGUUGAUGAACGUGAAGGAUCUAACCCUAGCCCACGUGAAGAGUCACUUGCAGAUGUAUCGAACAGUGAAGAGCACUGACAAAGGGUCGUCAGGUCAAGUGCAAACACUAGACGUCGGUACAAAACAUGUAGAGGCAGGGUCAUUAUCUUCUGAGAAACACGAAGACUGCGACAACUCUUACUCUCUCAACCCAUCAUCCCAAGCAAGUUUCAAACAAACGCAAGGAGGUUUAUUGUGGUUGCAAUCAAUGGAGACAAGCGGAACAAGUGAGUCGGAUCAUGAAAAUGCUUUGACAUAUGAUUCCCACUUCAAAGCAAAUGACGCCAAGGUGGACGGACAAAAGAUUAUUGAUCGACGUAUGUCUGAAGAUGCGAAGGAAAGAUUGGACUCGAGCUCCUUGUCACCACCUCCGGAGGAUGCGUUGGUCAAUCUGGAGUUCACUCUCGGGAGGCCAAGUUGGCAAAUGGACUGCACCGAAUCUUCGCCCGAGUUAACCCUUCUCAAGUGUUGAUCCAUCCAUCAAUCAAAUUGAUUACCUGCUUUAAUUAUGAGGAAAUGGACGAAUGAAUUAUUUGAGCCUGCAAUAUUUCGUACAUCCAUGCACUUGCUUGGUGAUUUCCUUGAAAUUUUGUCUC